CAAUAGCAGGCUGUUCCUGCAGUCAUCAGACUUAUACAUUAGAACUUUCCAUUUGUCACUGACUGUGGCAGGUGAUGUACUGCACAUUAUACGUGGAGAAACCUACGCCCACGGGGUCUAAUUCGCCGUCAGAAUGGUGAAUUUCUGUCCGCACUGUGGUACAAAGUUGUAUCCUGGUUUUAAAUUUUGUCCGUCUUGUGGCGAUAAACUCCCAACAGAAGAGCCAGCAGAAUCUGAAACUUCACAACCAUCAGAUCCGCUUUCAGACUCUGUGCUUCAUCCUGAGUGCGGUAAAGAAGGUAAAUUUGACACUGCUGAGGACUCCCACUCUGCACUGAUUCGCCCACCUUUGCGUUCACCAUGGCAAAAGACCUUGAGUGGCACACCCACAGAAACUGUAGAAUGUGCAGAUAAGAAGUCUUUGACAUCUCCUAAAAAAAGGAGAGGAUCCCCUCAGGUUAAAGAACAAGAGGCAUAUCAAACUUCUUCAGUCACACUUCCAACUCCAGGUUCACAUAAUAAGAAGUCUUUUACGUCACCUCGAAAACAUAAGGCUUCCCCCCAGGUUAAGGACGAGGAGGCAAAGCAAACAUCUUCUGUUAUAUUGCAAAGCCCAGUUAAAUGCAAAUCCAGAAAGCGGGUGUGUGCUGUUGAGCCUAUUCAGGAAGGCACGGUGGUUUGUGACCAGUCAAGCAAAAAGUGGAAGCUGGUUGAACUUUUGUGGCAAACAGAAUUAGACGUUACUUAUGCAGUGUGCCUGGCAAAUCAGCACUUGGACUCAAAUGGAUGCAAACACAUCUUGAGACUGGGUGCUAAAGAAGGACACCUGUUCAAUGAGCAGAAUUUCCAUCUGAGAGCAGCCAAACCUGAUGCAGUGGAUAAAUGGUUGAAAUUGCACAAAAUGGACUUCCUUGGGAUCCCAUCCUGUGAGGGAUUUGGCCUUUACGAAUCAUACAGGUUUUUAGUUUUUCCAAGCAUGGGCCAAACUCUACAGUCGGUCAUUGAUGAAGGGACUGGUUCUCUAUCUGAGAAAGCUGCUCUCCAGCUGGCACUACGACUAUUGGAUUCACUUGAAUUCAUCCACGAGAAGGAGUAUGCUCAUGCAGACAUCCAUGCAGGAAAUAUUUACAUCAACACUGACAGUCACACAGAGGUUUUCUUAUCUGGCUUUGGGCAUGCAUUUAGGUUUUGCCCAGGUGGAAAGCAUGUGGAAUACCGGCAGGGUAGCCGCAUUGCUGACCAGGGUAACCUCAACUUCAUCAGCUUGGAUUCUCACAAGGGGGUUGGUCCCUCUCGUCGCAGUGACCUUCAGUCUUUAGGUUACUGCAUGUUGUCUUGGAUGACAGGCACACUACCCUGGAGUCACCUCACUCACGCAAGCUCCACUAUUGCUACAGAAAAGGAGAGGUAUAUUUCUGAUUUCGCUGGACUUGUGAGUUUCUGUUACAAAAAGAAGAAAGUUUCCAGUGCAUUACUAGAAUACUUGUCCAAUGUGAUGACCCUGCAGUACACUGAGAAGCCAGACUACUCACUUCUGAAAGCUAGGCUUCAUGAGAGCUUGCAGAAGAUGGGUGGGAGUCUAAAGGAACCGCUGGAUCUGCAGGUGAAACCAUAAUGGGAAGAGUAAACAGACAUGGAAUUUGAAUGUAAUUGCUUUUAUAGGAUGUUUAAGAGAGCGUUUAUGUUUUUAAAAGCAACUUUUAUUGCCGUUUUUAUAAUUUUUAACAAACUUUGCCGGUUUUCUUUCACUCAGUGCUGUGUAAUUGUGAUAAAGCUAUUUUAAGUUGCAAGUGUGAAUGUUGCUAUUUUUGCUAUUUUAUCAUUUUUAAAAAAAAUAGAACUAUCUUGUUGUAUACUCACUUAGCACUUUAUUAGCCCAUCUGCCUCAGGGUUUGACAUUCUGAGAUGCUAUUCUGCUCUAUACAAUUGUACAGAGUGGUUAUCUGAGUUACCGUAGCCUUUCUGUCAACUCGAACUGUCUGGCCAUUUUCUGUUGACCUCUCUCAUCAACAAGGCAUUUCUGUCCGCAGAACUGCCGCUCACUGGAUGUUUUUUGUUUUUGGCACCAUUCUGAGUAAAUUCUAGAGACUGUUGUGCGUGAAGAUUCCAGGAGAUCAGCAGUAACAGAAAUACUCAAACCAGCCCGUCUGGCACCAACAAUCAUGCCUUGGUUGAAAUAACUGAGAUCACAUUUUUUCCCCCAUUCUGAUGGUUGAUGUGAACAUUAACUGAAGCCCCUGUAUCUGCAUGAUUUUAUGCAUUUCACUGCUGCUACAUGAUUGGCUGAUUAGGUAAUCGCGUGAAUAAGUAAAUGUACAGGUGUUCCUAAUAAAGUGCUCAGUGAGUGUAUAUUUUGCUUUUUUUUUUUUUUUUUUUUUU